CUUCUUAAACAGAUACGAUCUUUGCAGUAACUCUUCUGACAGCUAGCAAGCAACUACACAACGCUCCAAAUAAGCUGCCUCCCACAGAGCUGCGCGGACAGAAGUGGGAAGGGGAGAGCUUUGACCCUGGUCUCCCCAGCUGACUCUGAAUAAACCAGCCAGCCAUGGAUGACAGCUCCUCACUUGGGAAAGUCAGCAGCUCUACAGAGUCCGUGGCCACCGUCACCAGUGAGGAGUUUGUUCUGGUACAGACCAGUGCCGCUGGGUCACCGCAAGCGUCUGGGGGCAAACCAAGACUCAAGAUGUCUUGGAACGGGAGUGAGCAGCUGGAGAAAGCUAUGGAGGAGGUGUUAGAUGAUGAUGAUGAGGUGAAGGUGGAGAAGAGCAGUGUGGAAAAGAUGGAGAAGCACAACGACCCACAGACCAAAGUCCAGGAGCACCGACCUGCAGAAUCAUGCCCAGCACCAUCUAGCCCCACAGUGCUUGAGGAGGACGGUGUGCAGUUCAACAAGCUGUCCUACCUGGGCUGCACCUGGGUCAAAGCCCCUCGCAAUGAGGCAGAGGCACAGAGGGCCAUGGCCACCCUGCGAGCUGAAAGCGCCAUUCCCAUCCCCAUCACCCUGCAUGUCCCCUGUGGAACAGAUGGCUCUGUCAGGAUUGUGGACCAGGCCUCAGGUACAGAGAUUGCCUCAUUUCCCAUCUACAAGGUGUUGUUCUGCGCUCGUGGACAGGAGGGUUCAGUGGAAAGUGACUGUUUCUCCUUCACCGAGAGUUACCGAAGCUCUGAGGACUUCCAGAUUCACGUCUUCUCUUGCCACAUUAAGGAGGCCGUCAGUCGUAUCCUGUACAGUUUCUCCACAGCCUUUCGGCGUUCUUCACGGCCGGCAGACAUCAGGGACGCAGCGCAGUCCAGUCCGCCCGAGAGCGACCUCUACACCUUCACUGUCACGCUGGAGAUCAAAGAGGAUGAUGGCAAGGGCAACUACAGUCCAGUGCCUAAAGACAGAGAUAAGUUCUACUUCAAGCUGCGACAGAGCGUUCAGAAGAAGGUUGUUGUUUCAGUUCAACAAAUGUGCAACAAGGAGCUGGGCAUCGAGAGGUGUUUUGGGAUGCUGCUGAGUCCAGGACAGAAAGUCUGCAACAGCGACAUGCAUCUACUAGACAUGGAGUCGAUGGGGAAGAGCUCUGAUGGAAAGGCCUACGUGAUCACAGGUACUUGGAACCCCAACAUGCCGGCCUUCCAGCUACUGAAUGAAGACACACCUAAAGAUAAGCAGGUCUACAUGACAGUGGCAGCAGACCUGGUAGUCACCGAGGUGGUGGAGCCAGUUCGCUUUCUGAUGGAAACUCUGGUCAGGGUGUAUCCAUCAAAUGAGCGCUUCUGGUACUUCAGCCGCAAGACUUUCAGUGAGACCUUCUACCUGAAACUCAGACAGCAGGCACCGGAGAGGCUGGGUCAGAGCGAUGCUGUGUUUGAGGUGGUGAGUCUUCAGAGGGAGGCAGAGAGAAACAAUGAAGAAAGAGGACGCCUGGCCUCGCCCACUGAGGAAGAGGAGGCUGAUGAAGAUAGCGAUAGUGAAAUCUCCAGUGGGACAGGAGACGUUUCUAAAGACUGUCCUGAGAAAAUCCUUGAGUCCUGGGGUGGAGUCCUCAACAGAUGGCAUGGGAACCUGUCCACUCGUCCCAAGGGUUUGCCCUCGCUGGUUCGCAGUGGCAUUCCUGAGCCACUCAGAGCUGAAGUCUGGCAGCUGCUGGCGGGUUGCCACGACAACCACGACCUGCUUGAGCACUACCGCAUCCUCAUCACCAAGGACUCGGCUCAGGAAGGUGUCAUCACCCGGGACAUCCAUCGCACCUUCCCCGCGCACGACUAUUUCAAGGACUCUGACGGAGAUGGACAGGAUUCACUGUACAAGAUCUGCAAGGCCUACUCUGUCUAUGAUGAGGAAAUUGGUUAUUGCCAGGGUCAGUCGUUCCUCGCUGCUGUUCUCCUGCUGCACAUGCCUGAGGAACAGGCCUUCUGUGUGUUGGUGAAAAUCAUGUAUGAGUACGGCCUCAGAGCUCUCUACAAAAACAACUUUGAGGAUCUUCACUGCAAGUUCUACCAGCUGGAGAGGCUGAUGCAGGAGCAGCUUCCAGACCUGUGGUCCCACUUCCAGGAGCUGAACCUGGAGGCACACAUGUACGCCUCCCAGUGGUUCCUCACCCUCUUUACUGCCAAGUUCCCCCUGUGCAUGGUUUUCCACAUCACUGACCUGCUUCUCUGUGAGGGUCUGAACAUCAUCUUCAAUGUAGCCCUGGCCCUACUCAAGACAUCUAAAGAGGACCUCUUGCAGGCAGACUUUGAAGGGGCUCUCAAGUUCUUCAGAGUUCAGCUCCCUAAACGCUACAGAGCUGCAGAGAACGCCCGCAGGCUUAUGGAGCAGGCCUGCAACAUCAAGGUUCCAACCAAAAAGCUGAAGAAAUUUGAGAAGGAAUAUCAGACACUGAGAGAGAGCCAGCUGCAACAAGAGGACCCCAUUGACCGAUACCAGAGGGAGAACCGUCGUCUUCAGGAGGCCAGUAUGCGGCUGGAACAGGAGAAUGACGACUUGGCCCAUGAACUGGUCACCAGCAAGAUUGCCCUACGGAACGACCUUGACCAGGCUGAAGAUAAGGCCGACGUUUUGAACAAAGAGCUGCUGAGCACAAAGCAACGUCUGGUGGAGACGGAGGAGGAGAAGAGGCGACAGGAGGAGGAGACGGCUCAGCUGAAGGAAGUGUUCAGGAGGGAGCUGGAAAAAGCGGAGCUGGAGAUCAAGAAAACCACAGCGAUCAUAGCUGAAUAUAAACAGAUCUGCUCCCAGCUGAGCACCAGGCUGGAAAAACAGCAGGCGGCAACAAAAGAGGAGCUGGACAUCGUCAGGAGUAAAGUAAUGGGCUGUGAGCACUGCCGGGACCUGUUCAGCACCCUGGGGUCCCUCCAGACGUCGUCCCCCGGCAGGGAUAAGACAUCCACCGAGCCGCUGGACGAGGAGAAGGACGGACUGAAGGAGCAGCUUAGGCAGCUGGAGCUGGAGCUGGCACAGACCAAACUGCAGCUGGUGGAGGCCAAGUGUCGCAUCCAGGAGCUCGAGCACCAGAGGGGAGUCCUGAUGAACGAGAUCCAGGCGGCCAAGAAUUCUUGGCUCAGCAAGACUCUGGGCUCCCUGAAGAGCUCUGCAUCCUCUUCCUCCAGCUCCACGUCCCAGACCCCAUCCUCUCCAAAGGAGGGCCCUGCCUAGGCGACCCUCCCUCCGUUUCUCCGUCGCCCGCUGGAUGCACACGAGAGCUGAGGAACACAAGUUGAAGAAACAAGCAGCAGAGGAAUGCAGUAUUCCUUCUUUCAGCCAGUGGCAAAGCAGAGCUCAGCGGCUUCUUGGACUGCAAGCUGCUGAAAAGAUGAGGGAUGAAACAGGCAGGGGACUGGACCAGCCACCUGUCUUUUACUUAAUGUUUACAUUUCUUAGACUAAAAAGUGUCCGUCGACCUUCACAGGUGACGAGACAGCGAAUCAUCACUGAUCUUGAAGUUGAUUUACAGUUCAGUGUUCAAUGCAGACACUGUUUUGUUGAGUUAGAUCUCUGAACUCUCGUUGCAAGGAAGCUGAAUUAACAUACACAUUAACAUUUAAGUGAAUAAUCUAGCGCCACCCUGUGGCCAGACAUUGCUACUGCAUAGUCAUUUUAGCUGAGAAUGAAACCUGCAUUCAGUCUCACAAAUCUGAACAAUAUUGAUAGUGAUACAGCUACAGCUGCAGAGAUAUUAUAUGUUUACUGCACAGAAAUAUAGCAAUCUACAUUAACCACCUUCAGCGCAGCAAAGCCGCAGCACUCUGAAAAAGGAAUACUGCAUUCAGAGUCUUAAAAAAGAACAACACAGAAAGUUGUAUUUCUUUAUAGUAAUAUAACGUAAACAAUGUUGUCAUAUAAAUAUGUAUAACUAAUUAUUGAUUUUUGUAAUAAUCUUGUACAGUUCUGUAAGAGAAGAAAAAAAACACAAGGAAAAAUUCUUUGUUAAUUUUUUUUUCUUUUUUUUCUUUUUUACUGUUUGGAAUUUGAAUGUCAUCUCUCUAGAUGUUGACAUAAGCAUAGUGUGUGAUCGAGUCGGUCGAGUCCAAACGCUGAGAGCCAAAGUGACAACCUGCAGAGAUGUGGUUAACGUCCCCACUGUUUCUUCAGUCAUGUGUUGAACUCACUCGAGGUGUGUCACAUCGCUGUCACAAUGUCACUGAUUUGUUUUUUUAAUCCUCAUUCCAGCUCGUGCCUGUAUUUAGUUGCUGUUUUUAUUUUAUGUGUGUGCGCCUGUGUGUCACUGCACGCAGAUUUCUAACAGGCAGUCAUUAUUUCGUGCACAGUUUGGUUAGCUGUGGUCACAAGUCAUAGGCUUCGCCUUCUGUGUCAGUUCCGUCCUUUUUAUACUUCUAGUGAUUCAGUUUGCGUAACACAAUGGCACACAUCUUCAGUGAUAAUGUGAAGUAUCCAAAAUGGUUUUAAAAGGCGUACAAGCUACAGAUUGACCUCUGUUUAAUUUAAUUUUUUUUAGUUUUUUAUAAUCUAUCCUUGUUAAUCUUGUUUUAAAUUGCACCAGCUGUCUGUGGUGUCUGCAAACAGCUGGUAUGGUUGGAGAUAUCAUGGAUUGUGUUGCUCUCUCAGAACAAAGGCCCUGAUAUCUUCUGUCUAUUUUUUUACAGACUGGAGAGAGCCAGAAAAUCCACCUCAGUAAUCACAGAGAAACUGAGUCUGUCUGUGUAAUGUAAGGCUAUGCAGUCAACACCCACAGGACAUUUUGAAAGUCUUCACCCGUUCAUACCUGUUACUCUCCUCAAAGUACACUGUAGGCAUGAGUGAGUCAGCACAUCAAAUUAGGCAAUAUUAUAAUACAGUGUAGGCUCUAAAGUGUCUGUUACAUCCCUAGAUAAACACCUGACAUAAUAUUAAUCAGCAAGAUUAAGUUGCAGUGUUCGUCCAUCAUUGCCAAACAAACAAAGCCAUUUGCACGGCUGUGCCAACACCUUCUUUACCCUUUGUCGUGUUAAAACAACAAUUUCCAAUCCAUUCUUUACACAAGGAGCAGAGCAUGUGGAUUCCUAAGUCUUCCCUCUGUAAGAAGUCAAUAAAAUCCACAUAUGCUCGACAAAUAGACCUCUCACUUGUGGGAUUUCUAAUGCUUCAGCAAGGGAAGGUGUCAGAUGAAAAGCAGACGGCGCCUCAUGUAAAUUAGCUAAAAAGCCCAACCUGAAUACUUUGGGUUUGUUGAUGAUUUCUGUGUACUAAGGUGAUAGAUACAACAAUUAGCCAAACAUUUUUUCACAUGAAUGCAUGUUGAUGCUGUGUUAGCAGGCAGAGAGCUGCGGUGCAGGUGCCAUAUGUCCUGCUCCAUGCUCCACUCGGGUUGUCACUGAAAUCAGCCUUUGGACUCUGACUCCAUGUGUACUUGUUUGUGUGUGAGUGAGUGUGUGUGUGUGUUUGGAUGGGUGUGUUCUGCACUGUAACUCAAGUGUUUGAAGUUGAAAUGGUUUCUUCUUCACGUGGCUGCCUUUUCUGUUGAUGACUGAAGCCUUUGGCUAAUGAGAAGAAAGCCAUCUGACUGUCUGAAACGUCGGAGAGCGUCAGCUGUGCCAUAAGAGCCUCCCCCUCUGCUCCUUCCCCAUCGGUCUUCCUGAACGCUCCCAACGACCUGAACCAACCUCAACAACAACCAUGUCACCUGAUCCCAUAGACAGAUCUGCUGAGUGUCAUUUUCAGCAGCCUCUGUAACACAUUUCCGCCAGGAGCCUCCCAGUGUGGCCACCGAGCAGCUCCACUGGAGGAAAUGCACCAGUGUCAUGGACGGGAAGGAAAAAGGGAGCUGAUGGCUGAAUAUCAUUGAAUUCCAGGUGUGUUUUGCAUUUCCAGAACAUUCCUAAUUCACUAGCGUUCAUUAGUCUUGUUGGUUAGCUGUGACAGACUCGUACAACCAGUUUAAUGUAAACUGUGGCCAAGGUGGAGAAAGCUCCUCGUCUUUUAUGUGCACUAAAGCAACAUGGAUAUUUUAAACACUAUUUCGAGAUGUGUUUUUUUUCUUUGUUCAAAAGUUAUCCUGAUCACAGAGCGUAGUUAUUUUUUAACUGAUGAUUAUUGUCGCAGAGAGGACAGCUGCCAAUUUAUAAUCCACUCUAAUUAUUUGUUCCAAUGAUGCGAACGCAGGCGGUGAGUGGGAUUAGAGGUGUGAUGUGUGUCGUGCAGUUUACACUUUGCUGUAAUCCCACAGUCCUGUUACACAGUAAGAGACUUCUCCUGAGCUGGUCUGACGCCAACACCGCUUGCUGUACAGUAACUGUCUGACCUGCAUUAAUAAAUUUCAGUUCUUCUGUUCAUUCA